AUGGUGCUCGAAAUAACCAGGUUUGCCGGCUUUGAGGUGGGAUUUGAGCUUCUCUUGGCGGCUUUUGUGGAGAUUAUCAGUAUAGUAGUGAUUGUAAUUGAUAGGAAACCCCUUGAGGUCUUCGAGGAGCUUUCUCAGCUCGUCGUGCGCUGCUGCUCUGCGCUGCUGAAGGCGGUUCUUGAUAAUGGACCUUUUUCUCUGCUAUUAGCAACAAGACAAUCAGAAACACUCGGUAGCGCAGAACUAACCAGAUGCGAGGCGUAA